AACCAGUAACACAUAGUAACACAUAUAAAUGUGACUUCCGAUCUGAAUUCCUACACACAUAAAUCUCUCUCGAUUUCUCUCGAUCUCGCUGAUCUCUCUGGAGUAAGUAUUAGCGAUUGAGUAUGGUUAUGGCGCGGGCGAGCUCAGGCUUGGCUUAUCCUGAGCGAUUCUUCGCUGCUGCUGCUUACGCUGGUUUUGAUGGAUCUCCCAACCCCUCUGUCACCUCUAAGUUCUCAAACGACGUCGCUCUGUUGCUUUAUGGAUUGUAUCAGCAGGCAACUGUAGGACCGUGUAAAAUUCCAAAGCCUAGAAGUUGGAAUCCUGUAGAGCAAAACAAAUGGACAAGCUGGAACGGGCUUGACAACAUGGCUUCAACUGAAGCUAUGCGACUCUUUGUGAAGAUACUGGAGGAAGAAGAUCCAGGAUGGUAUUCGCGGGCAUCAAACUUUGUUCCUGAGCCCGUUCAGGAUAUUGAAAUGAAUAGUAACACAAAAAUUGAUAGUGUCGUUGAAAAUGGAAAUGCUUUACCUGAGACCAAGAUUAUUCCAGCAGAAAAUGGGAAUGUCUUAGAAGCUCAGGAUAAGGAUGUUGUAAUGGUGGGCCUUGGUUCAGUUGGCCUGUAUGAUCAAUGGGUCGCACCUCCGGUAUCCGGUCCACGCCCAAAAGCCCGAUAUGAGCAUGGAGCAGCAGUUAUUGAUGAUAGAAUGUACAUCUAUGGUGGAAAUCAUAAUGGGCGGUACUUAAAUGAUCUUCAGGUUCUGGAUCUGAAAAAUUGGACAUGGUCUAGGGCUGAAGUCAAAGCCGCACCAGUUGCUCUAGAACCAUCUUCCGCUGUUGCAUCUCCUUGUGCUGGUCAUUCAUUGAUACCUUGGGGAAAAGAUAAGCUUCUUUCGAUUGCUGGGCAUACAAAGGAUCCUUCUGAAUCUAUGCAAGUAAAGGUGUUUGAUCUUCAAACCUACAGCUGGUCAGCCUUAAAGACUUAUGGAAAGCCACCGGUCUCGCGUGGAGGUCAAUCGGCCACCCUUGUGGGGACAAGUGUAGUCAUAUUUGGCGGUCAAGAUGCAAAGAGGUCUCUCUUGAAUGACCUACAUAUUCUGGAUCUAGAAACCCUGACCUGGGAUGAAAUAGAUACACUUGGGGUCCCACCUUCACCAAGAUCUGAUCAUGCUGCUGCAGUCCAUGCAGAGCGAUACCUUCUUAUAUUUGGUGGGGGUUCACAUGCUACCUGUUUUAAUGAUCUGCACGUCCUGGACCUUCAAACUAUGGAAUGGUCAAGACCUACACAACAAGGUCCGGUACCAAGUCCUCGGGCUGGCCAUGCAGGUGCCACAGUUGGGGAAAGCUGGUUCAUUGCUGGCGGUGGUGACAACAAGAGUGGUGCGUCAGAAACUGUUGUCCUUAAUAUGUCUACACUGGCCUGGUCAGUCGUAACCACAGUUGAAGGACGUGUUCCCCUUGCAAGUGAGGGUCUGAGUUUGGUUCUGAGCUCCUAUAGUGGUGAAGAUAUAUUGGUAUCUUUUGGCGGAUACAAUGGACGCUACAGCAAUGAGGUUAAUGUUCUUAAGCCAAGCCACAAAUCGAGCUUGCAGUCAAAGUUGGAUACACCAGUUCCUGACAGCGUUUCAGCCGUUAAUAAUGCUACAAACGCAACAAGAGAUGUGGAAUCCGAUAAUGAGGCGGGCCAAGAAGGAAAAAUAAGGGAAAUUGUAAUGGACAAUGUUGAUUCAGAACCAAAGGUAAAAAAUAUCAAACAAACCAGCGAACAGAUGCUAGCCGCCUUGAAAGCAGAGAAGGCUGACUUGGAAUCCUCUUUGAGUAAAGAGAAGUUGCAGACAAUACAGCUGAAGCACCAGGUAGAAGAAGCAGAAAGUCGCAACACAGAUCUCUACAAGGAGCUCCAGUCUGUACGAGGUCAACUUGCUUCUGAGCAAUCCAGAUGUUUUAAACUAGAGGUUGAUGUUGCUGAACUAAGGCAGAAGCUACAAAAUAUGGAGACACUUCAGAAAGAACUUGAACUUUUACAGCGACAAAAGGCCGCAUCCGAACAAGCAGCCUUAAGUGCAAAACAGAGGCAGGGUUCAGGUGGUGUAUGGGGAUGGCUAGCUGGAUCUCCUGGUCCAAAAGCUGAUGAUGCGUGAGAAGUAGGAUAUACAUAGAAAUCACCAGAUUUGGUCAUUUUUUUUGUUGAAUAUAUGUUAGUGUUUUCUCAACCUUCUUUGAAGAGAUGGAAAUAAGAUAUUGAGUUGAAUUUUAGCCGGAGGGAGCAUAGUGAGUUUUAGCACAUAUACAUCAGCUGUGUAUCAAUUUGUUUAUUAUCCGUUAUAUAUUGUUGCUUUAGAAAUUGUAUUUGGACGAAAAAUUAUACAUGUGAAACUAGAGAUGCUUUCUUGUCAUAUUUAACAAAUAAUAUUAUACAUACACAAUACUCUUA